AUGGAUAGGAUCAACGGUCUAUCAGAUGACAUUAUAUGCCACAUACUAUCUUUCCUUCGGAUCAAAGAGUCUGCUCUAACGUCUAUCCUCUCAAAGCGAUGGCGUAAUCUGUUUGCCUUCACACCGAAGUUUCACUUUGAUGAUUGUGAAGUUGGUAGUGGACAAAGUUUCAUUGAUCUUAUCGAUAGAUUAUUGGUAGUGUCUGGAAACUUUCCCUUAAGGAAAAUCUCAAUAAAAUGUCGUAAGAGUAUUAUUAACUUGGAAGUCUCGGAUCAUGUCACCCGAUGGAUGAAACGGGCACUUAACCGUGGUGUCUUAGGUAUUAAUAUAGACAUAAUCACUUCUGGAGAAGUGAUUUUAGUUCCUCUUGAGAUCUUCACUAGCAAGACAAUGGUUGAGCUGAAACUAGGAAAAUUAUUUUCUGCUAUGAGUCCUGAGGUUGUUUAUCUUCCAUCACUUAAGACUCUCUAUCUUGAUACGGUUUACUUUCAUAUUGACUCAACCUCUGCCCUACUCCACAUCAACAUGGUGAAUAUCACCAAACUCACAUCUGACAACUACAUGACAUGGAGCCUUCAAGUACACUCACUACUUGAUGGUUAUGAUCUAGCUGGUUUUCUCGAUGGAACCUCUAUUCCCCCAGAUCCGACCACCAUCGUCAACGAACAAUCCACACCAAAUCCAGCUUAUGCAAAGUGGCAUUGCCAGGACAAGUUCAUCUACGGUGCCCUCCUCGGCACUCUCUCUCCCUCAAUCUAG